UGUCACCGGCGGAAGAUAUCGAGGGAGAGAAGGCGGGGGAACUAUUUCCCUGGUGGCGGCGGUCGAGCCGGCAGAAGCUCCGUCUGGUGCGGUACGAUGAGCUUCCAGAGUACCUUAAGGACAACGAGUUUAUCCUCAACCACUACCGCGCCGAUUGGCCGAUCCUCGAUGCUCUUCUCAGCGCCUUUUCCUGGCAUAACGAGACCGUCAAUGUUUGGACGCAUUUGGGGGGCUUCUUCCUGUUCCUUGCACUCACUUUGGUGGGAUACAUGGACGUCAUUGAGCAGCUCCGCAGCACCUUCAGUCCCACCAUCUCCAGGUUGAUGUUUUUAUCGAUAAACGUUUCGAUUGGAAAGAACUACACGGUGAAUGCUAUAUCGGGCUCCUCCAACACCCACCAGGUCCCCAGGUGGCCAAUCCUCAUCUUCCUUGCAGGCUCCAUGUCCUGCCUUGCUUUCAGCGCCAUCUCCCACCUCCUCGCCUGCCAUUCCCGCCGCCUCAACCUCUUCUUCUGGCGCCUGGACUACACCGGCAUCUCCAUCAUGAUCAUCUCCUCCUUCUUCCCCCCAAUCUACUACGCCUUCCUCUGCCAUCCUCUCCCCCGUCUCAUCUACCUCUCUUCCAUCACCGCUCUCGGCUCCCUCUCCAUCAUCACUCUCCUCUCCCCCGGCUUCUCCUCCCCUCGCUUCCGCCCCUUCCGCGCCGCUCUCUUCCUCGCCAUGGGCUUCUCUGGACUGAUCCCCGCCGCCCACGCUCUCGCCGUUAACUGGGACCACGGCGCCGCGCACAUUUCGAUCGUGUUAGAACUCGCCAUGGCUGCCGCUUAUGCCGCCGGCGCGGUUGUUUACGUCAGUAGGGUGCCGGAGCGGUGGCGGCCGGGGGUUUUUGACAUCGCCGGGCAUAGUCAUCAGAUAUUUCAUGUGUUUGUGCUUUUGGGAGCGCUCACGCACUAUGCCGCCAUCGCUGUGAUGGUGAAUUGGAGGGUAGGGGGACCUGGAUGCGCUGUGGUUUGAAAAGGGGUUGAAAUUGUUCAUAAAUGAGAGAAAAUUGUAUUAUCAAAUAAUUUGUAUACGGAAAUUUCAUAAAAAAUCUAUUUUAUAUAUUCAAUA